AUGGAUCUAACAUUUAACAUCAAAUGUAAAGUAUGUGGGUCAGAGGAAUCAACAUCAAUCGAUGAGUUUAGAUUACAUGGUAUCAAUCAUUGUAUACCAUCGAUUGCUAGAUACUUUGGUGUUCAUGAAUUAGAUAAUCUAUCUUAUCUAAUGCCAACACUACACCAACAAAUGCAAUAUCAAAGAUAUAUGGAAGAUCAACAACAACAACAAGAUAUAUUAAAAAAGAGAAAGAUAGAUCAUAAUAAUAACAACAACCAUCAUCCUCUUCCUCUUCCUACUCCUCCUCCCCUUCCUAAUAUUGUUACAACAUUCAAUACAAUAAAUUCACAAUCACCCAAUACAACUUUAACUUCAACCUUGACAUCAAGUUUAACUUCACCUUUCACUUUAACAACAAUGACCGUUAGAUUUAAAAGUUUAAUUGGGUCACAAUUUAUUAGACAAACGAUAUUUAAACAUGUAAAAGAGUUAAACAACAAGAAGAUUGAUGGAAAUUAUAAAUCACUUUCAGGUAUAGAGAUUAUCGAUCUACCUCGCCUUGGAAUGAUAUCUCUGUAUGGUAUGCCAUGGGAGUUUAUCAAACAUUAUCUACCACCUCUAGAAGAAGUGUUAUUAAAGAGAAGAUGGAAUGUGAUUAGUCGAUAUUGUUCACAUCGAAAUGCGACAUUGUCAACACUACAACAACUAUUGGAAUGGUCUCCAGAUUACGAUCCACAAGAUCAAUACGAGAGUGUUCAUCAAAAUUUAUUUUACGAUAUAUCCUCUCAAGGACACACAGAUAUAUUGAAAUACCUUUUGAAAAUAUAUCCAAAUAUUAAAACAAAUGGAAAUCGUAAUGCAAUAACGGUUGCAUCAGAAUGGGGACAAUUAUCAACAGUUCAACUAUUAUCGCAGAUGAAAGGAGUAAAGUGUAACACUGAUGCUAUGGAUAAAGCUGCAGAGAAUGGACAUUUAGAUGUUGUAAUGUAUCUCGAUCAGAAUCGUACUGAAGGGUGCACCCACAAAGCCAUGGAUAAAGCUGCAGAGAAUGGACAUUUGGAUGUUGUUAGAUAUUUAGAGUUUCAUCGUACAGAAGGAUGUUCAACUAAUGCCAUGGAUAAAUCUGCAGAGAAUGGUCAUUAUGAUGUUGUAUUAUGGUUGCAUCACAAUAGAACGGGCAAUGGAAAAUGCACAGAACGGGCAAUGGACAAUGCAUCAAAGAACGGCCAUUUUGAUAUAGUCCAAUGGUUGCAUCACAAUCGUAGUGAAGGAUGCUCAGAAAUGGCAAUGAACAAUGCAUCUAUGAACGGAUAUUUUGAUAUAGUCCAGUGGUUGCAUAAAUAUCGUCGCGAGGGAUGCACAUCACAUGCUAUGGAUAGAACAAAGACCCUCAAAAUAUUCCAAUUCCUUGGGAAACAUGGCAAAAUGUGUACUCCAAAGCAAUGGACAAUGCAUUUCCUUUGCAACAAUCGAACUGAAGGAUGUACCCAACAAGCUGUCAUCAAUGCAUGUAAUAGUGGUAACUUUGAAUUGGUAAAGUAUAUACUCGCCAAUUUGAAUGUAGAAUGCCCAUCUACUGCAGUAGACUCUGCAAUACAAAAGAAUUUUAGUUUGGAUAUGAUAUCAUACCUCGACAAACCAUGUACUUUAAAAGGUUUGGAAUGUGCCAUAAAAAAUGCUCGCUUAGACGUCAUCCAAUAUUUCCACAAGAAAUACUCAAAAUCUAAUGUUUUGUGGAAUAGAGAUGUAUUAAAUAUGGCAUCUGAAUAUGGUCAUUUGGAUAUAGUAAAAUUUCUUCAUGAAAACAGAACUGAGGGAUGCACAACCAAGGCUAUGGAUGAAGCAGCUUGUAACGGACAUAUUGAGAUUGUUAAGUUUCUACAUUUUAAUCGAACAGAAGGGUGCACAACUGAUGCUAUGGAUUUUGCAACAAUGAAUGGUCAAACUGUUGAAAUGAUAAAGUGGUUACAUUUUAAUCGUACUGAAGGAUGUACAUCAAUGGCUAUGUGUCAUGCUGCAUUAGGGGAUGAUUGGGACAGCGUUGAAUUUCUACAACAACACCGCACAGAAGGAUGCCACGAGGAUAUCAUAUGGGAUUCCAGGUUUCACGAUAUCCGCGAAUACAUUAUAUCCAACAAACUAAUAUCCAUGGAAUCUAUUAAACAGGGACGUAUCAAACAAAUGCAAUUCAAAGAUGAAGACUCGGACGAUUACUAUGAAAUGAUUGAUCUCAUCAACAAAUAUUAUGGAAUUUGA